AUGGUAUUUGCCAUCGUCUCCUUCGUUCGUGACGGCGAAUGGAUGGCUUCAAGAAGUCAGAUAUAUGGCGUUUAUGCCGCUACCAUAAUAGUCCACGGCAUACUUGCCAUACUGGCGGCGCCAAUUAUGCAUCGCAUACAGUCAGCCUGUAUCGUUGCUAAUGUUGGCCUAGUACUAGCAACUGUUAUUGCAUUGCCGAUCGGAAGAUCAAGAACUGCCGAAGGUAUCAAUUCUGCAGCCUAUGUCUUCAGCCACGUAGAGAACCAUACCUCAUGGCCAACAGGAUGGGCAUUUAUGCUCGCGUGGCUGUCACCCAUCUGGUCCGUCGGCGCUUUUGAUUCCUGCGUCCAUAUGAGCGAGGAGGCCAUGAACGCUGCCAAAGCUGUUCCCUAUGGAAUCCUGGGAGCCAUUGGCGCAUGCUGGUCCCUUGGUUUUCUAUCUCUUUGCAUCAUCGCUGCCUGUAUAAGUACCGACUUAAGCUCAGUCCUCGAGAGCCGGUUUGGACGGCCAAUUGCCCAGGUAACUUCAUGGUCUGAAGCGCACUUCGUGAUCGCGGCAUCUCGACAGACAUGGGCCUUCUCCCGUGAUGGUGCCCUCCCCUUCUCAAACUACAUGAAGGUAGUCAGCAGGAGAUUCCGUUAUCAACCAGCGCGUGCAGUAGUGGGAGUCACUGUCACGUCAGUCAUACUUGGUUUGCUUUGCCUUAUCAACAGCGCUGCCACAAAUGCGCUAUUCUCGCUAACCGUCGCCGGAAACAAUGUUGCCUGGGCCACUCCGAUAUUCUGCCGUAUAUUCUGGGGCCAGAACAAGUUCAAGCCUGGUGCAUUUUACACAGGCCGGCUCAGCACACCAAUCGCCAUCCUUGCACUCGCGUAUCUCUCCUUCUCAGUCACUCUGUCGAUGUUCCCAACUGCCGGGCCAGCACCAUCCCGUAAGUACUUUCCCGCCAUCUUUCUCCAGCAUUAUGUGUCCCAUGUUAACACCAAUAUUUCCAUAGCGGAUGGCAUGAACUACACCAUCGUGAUCAACGGGUGUGUCUGGGUCGGCUCGCUGUUGUACUAUUUCGUAUCUGCCAAAAAUUGGUUCCAUGGGCCGCAGAGGACUCUAGACCCAGCAUCGGUGUCUCUGGAAGAAAGCGAAGACAAAGAGAAGAGAUGA